AUGAGCCGAAUGCUCUAUGACGACGACGACCCUUGGGGCGCGGAAGAUCUCGCGGAGCCGCAGGAGCCCGGUGCGGCGUGCGAGGCCCGCUUCGCGACGGCCGACGCGGUCCCGGACGCCAUAGCGGCUCUCUCGCACCAGCUCGCCGCGCAGGGCGUCCCAGGCGCGCUCGUCGUCCCGCACGACGACGGCUCGAACUGGCGGGAGGCCUGCGCUGCCCUCUGCAACGCGCUCCACGCGGCUCUCGCGGACCGCCAGGCGGACCUCGAGCGGUCCACGGAGGCCGCAGACCGCAUCGCGAAGCUCCGCAGCGACCUCCUGCACCAGCAGCAGGCCACGCAGCGCGCCACCGCGAAGCUUGAGGCACGCGAGCGCGAAGUGGGGGAGGGGCUCGUGAGGGAGCACGCGCAGGAGAUCGGGCGGCGACAGGAGCUGCACCGGCUCACGCAGGCGCACGCGGACCUGCAGCGGCGGGCGGCGGCGCUCGUGCAGCGCGACAAGGCCCUGCGGGCCGAGAUGCGGCGGCGUGAGGGGGAGACGGAGCGGCUGCACGACCGCCUCGCGUCGCUGCUGCGCGAGCGGGCGCCGCCUGCGGCGGCCGACAACGGCUGGGCGCCUGCGGGGCGCGCGGGCGCGGCGCGCCGCAACGGCGGGGGUGCCGUCGAGGGCGGCGACACGCACGCGGACCUGGCGCCCGCGACGGAGGCAGACAUGCUAAAGGGCGUGAUUGCGGCGUACGAGGACAAGCACCGCGAGCUGCUGUUGGAGGUGCGGGAGCUGCGCGCGCAGGUCGCGGAGCUCGACGGGUCGCGCGCGGGGCGGGAGGCGGAGCGGGCGGCUGGAAGUGGCGCGGCGCUGGCGUGCUGA